AUGAACUGCAAAUUGGUGAAGGAUGAGAAAUACAUUAGUAAUGGGUAUCUUGAUACCGCUGUUGAUUGGAUACCUGGCAUGAGAGACAUCUGGCUGAGGGAUCUGCCAAGCUACAUGAGAACAACCGAUCCAAACGAUUUCAUGUUCAAGUUCUUGGGCGAGGAAGCAUCAAACUGUAUGAAUGCUUCUGCUAUCAUUUUCAACACUUUUGACUAUUUGGAAAAUGAAGUCCUCAAUGCAAUAACAUCCAAUGUCACUUUGAUGACUCAUCAAGAGCUUAUAGAGUUUGCAUGGGGGCUUGCCAGUAGCAAGAAACCAUUUUUGUGGGUUCUUCGUCCUGACAUUGUCCUGGGAAACUCAGCAAAACUACCAGAAUACUUCAUUGAAGAGACUAAAGACAGAGGCUUGGUGGUAAGCUGGUGUCCACAAGAUCAAGUACUGUCCCAUUGUUCAGUCGGAGGGUUCCUGACACAUUGUGGUUGGAAUUCUAUGACAGUGAGCAUAUCUGGAGGUGUACCAAUGAUUUGCUGGCCAUAUAUUGGGGAGCAAUACACGAAUUGUCGAUACACUUGCAAGGUAUGGGGGAUUGGUGUGGAGAUUGAUCCCACUGUGAAGCGUGAGCAGGUGGCGGAGGCUAUCAAGGAAUUGAUGGAAGGAGAGAAAGGGAAGGAGACGAAGAAGGAAGCUUUGCAGUGGAAACAGAAAGCGGAAAACGCUACUAGACAAGGAGGAUUAUCAUAUCAUAACUUUGACAGAUUCAUCAAUGAGGUUCUCUCCAUCAAAGGAACAACCAAAAUACUACAGAUAGAUGGAUUUCUGUAA